AAAUUUAAAUGUAAUUAGUGAAAUGAAUAAAAAUAAUUCAAGAGGAAAAUAGUGAUAACAAAAUAUGGUUAUUUUAUAAAUAUAAACAUGAAUAAUAAAAUCGAUUGGACAAAAAAAAGUGGUAAUCAAGAAAGGCAAAAUGAUUUGUCAAAUACAAACUUUGAGGACACUAGUGACAGUGAGGAUGACAACAUGUUACCAAUGUCAAAAAAAUACGAUGAAAGUAUCGUCGUACGUAAUGCAGAAGAAAUAAAAAGUCCAGUACACAGUAGACCAACAACAAUGAAAAAAUCAACACCAAAAACAUUAUCAAAUGAACAAUCUGAUGAUCAUUUUGAAAUAAAUUCACCUCGUGAAAAAUCCGAAUAUCAAAGUUUCAGAAAACUUUCAGGACCAGAUAGUUCAUAUGAAAAGCCAGUUAAAAUUGAAAGUGAUUUAUCAGACAGUGAAGAAACUGAUGAUGAUGAUAUACAAGGUUCAAGUAUAAAAAAACCAAUUGAAUUAUAUAAUCCAAAAGAUUUUGAGGAUUUAGAAGUAUCAGCUGAAGUUAAAGAAUUAUUUCAAAAUAUAACAAGAUAUACACCACAAAAGAUUGAAUUAAAUUACAAAUUAGCACCACAUAUACCAGAUUAUAUACCAGCUGUUGGUGAUAUUGAUGGUUUUCUAAAAAUACCAAGACCAGAUGGUAUUGAUGAUAAACUUGGUUUAAUUGUACUGGAUGAACCAUGCUCAAAUCAAUCAGAUCCAGCUGUCCUACAUUUAAAAUUACGUAGUCAAAGUAAAUCAGCUGAUCCACGUAAACAAACACUUAUUAAACGUAUUGAUGAUGCAGAAAAUAAUCAUAAAGCAAUUGAUAAAUGGAUUGAAGAUAUGAAUCAAUUACAUAGAAGUAAACAUCCACCAUCAGUUAGAAUAAAUACACAAAUGCCUGAUAUUGAUACAUUAAUGCAACAAUGGCCAACACAAGUUGAAGAUAAACUUAAUGAUGCACAAAUUGAUUUAUCAAAACUUGAUUGUGAUUUACCAAAUUUAGUUGAUAUUGUUUGUAAUCUUAUUGAUAUACCAGUUCAACCAGACACUAGAAUUGAAUCAUUACAUACAUUAUUUACUCUUUUUCUUGAAGUACGAAAUAUUUCUGAUAGAAAUUUUUAAAUUAUCACAUAUCUUGAUUGUUUUUUUUUUUUUAUUCUAUUAAUUAUUUUGCAAUUGUAUAAUCAUAGUUAAUAUUUUUUCUCCUCAAUUAUAUUUAUAAAUACCAACGAAUAAAUUUUUUAUGUUCA